AUGUCCGGGUUGACCCUGGGGGGAGGCGUGCGACCGACGCAAUCCGCAGCCUUUGCCUCGCUCCAGGAUUCCGCCGACGCCGACCGCCGCUCCUCCACCACCACCACUAACCCCCUCCACUUCCCUCCGACCUCCUCCCAACUCUCUGACGAUUUCUCCUUUGGCUCUCCAAUUAGUCCCGCCGAUUCCUCGAAUGCUCAGGACAAUCUGCUGCAGGACACUUUAUUUCCUGAAUGGAAGGCCGGCCCGCCUCGAGGUCCCUUUGACGGGACUGAUGAGAUGCAACGGAAGGACCCAUUAGCGACUCAGAUAUGGAAGCUGUAUUCUAGGACCAAGGCUCAGUUGCCCAACCAGGAGCGCAUGGAGAACCUGACGUGGCGGAUGAUGGCCAUGAGUUUGAAACGCAAGGAACGGGAACGUGCUCAGCAAUCUCGUCUCUCCGCUCGAAACAGCCUCUCCGGCCCCAGUGGCAUUGCUCAACUGCGCUUGUCCGAUCGCGAGCCGACCGUGGCAACCACCUCUACCAUCACCGACCUGACCUCCGAUCCCAUGAACCUCGACGAUUUCAUUGUCCCCUUUGAGUCUCCUUCCGACCACCCAUCGCCUCAAGCCACGAAAGGCGAGGCAACGUCGGCUGCGAUUCCCAUCAAGUCUCGCAAGGACCAGGUGGCCGAGUCCACCCCGGUGCCCGCCUCGUUCCCCCAUCCACCCCAGGACCAGCGAAAGAACAGUGAGUUUGGCUACGUGCCCCGCCGGGUCCGUAAGACGAGCAUCGACGACCGGCAGUUCUUCAAUCUGCAAGUGCCAACCCGCAAACGCCCGGCCGAGUCGUCGCCCCAGGUGCCGCCCGUGUCGAACGCGAUGCUGGCCCACGACCCGGAUCUGUCGGGCGGUGUGCCCGACUACACGCUGGAUGCGUCGUCGGCCUUCGCACUCCAUCAUAAUACCCAUUCCUCUUCCCACCAAAACCACACUUCUCCGGGCGUGCCGUUCGGUCUGGAUACCUACGGCCUGAGCGACGACCCCAUUCUCACUUCCGCCGGCCCCUACCAGACGCAGUUUACUUUCUCUCCCACCGAGUCGCCCAUGACGUCAGGCAACCCCUUCGCCAACCUCUACGCCCACACGCCGGUGGCAUCGUCCCUCAACUCGACCGAUUUCUUCUCCCCACCGCCGUCGGGAUACCAGUCGACGGCGUCGACGCCGCAGCCGGCCUACGACGGUGAGCAUUCGAUGUUUUUCGAUAUGCCGUCGGUGGAUGCACGCACGCAGCGGAGAGUUCCCAAUUACGUGUCGCACCGCACGUCCAAUCUUUCGGCCUCGCUGCAGCCGCGAUACAUGUUCAACCAGAGCCAGGAUCAGUCGCACCACGCCGGUAACCACUCGUCGUCGAUGCAUUCGCCAGGGUAUCCCAUCCCGCAGCCACAGCACGUGGAUCCGUCCCAGGUACUCGGUCCGAGCGAUUUCUCGACCGGAGCGUCUCAUGCGGCCAUGUUCAGCUUUGGGGCCGACUCGGACAAUGAGGACGACGAGGGCAACCAGUUUUCCGACCGGGCGGGCUUGCCGAUGUCCGGUGAGUUGGAUGAUGGUGCCGAUAUGAACGGCGGGAUGCAGUGGGACGCCCAGUUCCCUGGCUCAUUCCACUCGCUGCCUGGGUUCAGCGCACAGCACCGCAAGCAUGUGACGAUCGGGUCCGCAGACAUGAUGGAUACCCCAAGCGAAUGGCAGGGCACCAGUCUGGGCCGCACGCAUGGAUCGGCCGCCUCGGUCAGCGAGGUGCGCAACCGCGAGCAGGAUCCCCGGCGGCAGAAGAUUGCCCGCACGACGUCGACGCCCAACACGGCGCAACUGCUGCGCCAGAGCAUGAAUGCGAAUACCUCGCACACAUCGCCCAACACUCCGCCGGAGUCGGGGCUCAAUAGUGCGGUGCCGUCCCGGCCGGCCAGUCCGGGCGGCUCCAAGAACGGCGAGCAAAGCAGCGGCCCGACCACAUGCACGAACUGCUUCACGCAGACGACCCCGCUGUGGCGACGCAAUCCCGAGGGUCAGCCGCUGUGUAACGCCUGCGGGCUGUUCCUCAAAUUACACGGUGUUGUGCGGCCGCUCUCGCUCAAGACGGACGUGAUCAAGAAGCGCAACCGCAGCAGCGCGAACAGCCUGGCGGUGGGCACAUCCCGGACGUCGAAGAAGUCGGCACGGAAGAACUCGGUACAGCAGUCGACGGUUACGACGCCGACGUCGAGCCGGGCGCAGAGUGGAGCGACGUCGUCGGAGUCGCCACCCGCGGUACCGGGGGGAAGUUCGUCGAACAGAGCUGCCGGCGUGAUCCCCAUCGCGGCGGCACCACCGAAGGCGAACCCGGCAGCGAGCUCUCCAGGCCAGAGUCGGGGAUCCUCGGUGCAGAUGGCGCCGAAGCGUCAGCGUCGGCUGGAAAAGGCCACGGACGCGGAGGCGGCGGAUGACGCGAGCAAGUCGACCACGUCGAGCGGACGAUCGAAGGUGGUGCCGCUGGCGCCUGCGAUGCCGCCAGCGGCGGCCAACCCGGCCAACCACAGCAUUGCGGGCGGGCAGGGGGCCAGCCAGGAGUGGGAGUGGCUGACUAUGAGUCUGUAG